AUUCGUUCCUCAAAAAAAAAUAUAUAUAUAUCCUGAGAAAAUUUUAUUGUUGUUUUUGUUUUGAUUUUUUUUUUGUUCUACAAGUGGAGAAAUCGCUUCUUAUCCUCGUUAAAUCUUGGCCAAACGAAAUAGCUAAGAUUGACAAGUGAAACCUUUUAUAUGCAUCAAUGAAAGUGCACAUCUGGGUUCACAAACACACAACAGAAAGAAGGAAAUGGAUUCUUCCAAUAAGGCAGUAGUAACUGAUAAGCCUCAUGCACUUUGUAUUCCAUACCCAGCUCAAAACCACAUAAAGGCAAUGCUAAAACUUUCAAAGCUUCUCCACCAUAAAGGUUUUCACAUUACCUUUGUCAACACUGAGUUCAACCACCAACGUUUUUUGCAAUCUAGAGGUUCCAACUCCUUAGAUGGCGUGUCUGACUUCCGAUUUGAAACCAUUCCAGACGGCCUCCCUCCAUCGGACCUCAACGCUACCCAAGAUACCCAUUUUCUUUGUGAUUCCAUUAUGAAAAACUUCUUGGCACCAUUUUCUGAUCUCCUUGUAAAACUCAAUGGUGCAACUUCAAAGAAUCCUCCAGUGACUUGUAUUAUCUCAGAUGGUUUCAUGCCAUUCACCAUUACUGCUGCUCAAGAACUUGGAAUUCCUAUUGUAAUGUUCUUCACUAUUUCUGCUUGUAGCUUAAUGGGUUAUAUGCAGAUUGCUUCUCUCAAAGACAAAGGAAUCAUACCACUUAAAGGUGUAAAAAAAAAACGCAAUUCCCUACUGAUUCAAAAUGCAAAAAGGUUAAGUUGGUACAGAGCAUCUACAAUUCAUAAACAAAACAUUAUUUCAUUUAUAAUAAGGUCUGAACAUCGCAAUAGAUAAAAGAAACAAGGAGAAGAUCA